GAUAAGGUAAUGGUUUUGUUUCAGUAACGUUAGAUUUAAAACGUGGCAAAAGUUCAAAAGUGUCCCUGUGCAAUAACGUGAGUUACCUAAGCAGUGUUCGUUUAUUUAUUUGAGUGGGAGAAAUAAAAACAAAGAGAAGGCGUGAGCCAUGGAUAGUGGUGAAGAUGCAGCUCCAAGGCCUUCGACUCUAAAUCUAGCCAGUCUAGGGAAAGAUGAACCUUCGGUCCAUGGAGCUUCAGCUGUAGCUGCUAUGAUCAGCCACCCCAACACUACGGAUGUUCUCCUCCAAGAGGAAAGCAUUGAUUUGGACGUUGAAGCGUUCAUUUCCCCUCAGGAUGACAGUGCUGCUUCCGGGGGUGUCACAGAUAAGCUGAACGAUCAGAUGAUGGAGAGCGUCAUGAUCUCCGAUUCCCCCAACAGCGAAGAGGAAGAUGUUCCUAUUGACUCUCUCCUGGAGCAAACAGAUGACAAGGUGUCACUUGACUCUAAAGAGCUUGAAGAAGACAAAGAGAAUGAAGCUGUAGAGGAGAAGGACGAGGAGGCUGGAACUGAACAGGUCAUACCCGACGAUACUGAAAUGUUUUUGGGUUUAGUUGAAAAGGAGAAAACAGAGGACAUUGAUAAAGACAGCAUAAAGCAGGCUGAUACAUACACGGCGCCUGCUCUGGGCAGCCCGAAAGCUGAAGAAACUGAGCUUGAAGUAGCCAAGCAGGUGAUUAAGGACGAGACCAUUCCAGUGUGCACUAUUUUCAGUCAAGGUAUGCAGAACAAAGCACAUUCCCUGGUGCCGGAUGGAUUUCAGCCAAUUUUGGUCAAAUCCCCAAGCUUUACAACUGGCCAUAAUGAAACUCCUAAUAAACUAGCGCCUCUGGUGUCUCAGCCCAGUCCCAGCCUCAGUAAAUUCUUCACUGAUAACGGCACCAUUAACCCAGCUUCAGACUUCUUUGACUCCUUCACGACAUCUUCAUCUUUUAUUUCGGUUAGCAAUCCAAACGCAGAGACACCCAAGUCUCCAACCCAUCCUGAGCGCCAGCUUUCCUCCGGCUCAAGCAGCCUUCUUCAAGACGGAGGCACAGCCGGUACUAACUUCACUCCUACACCGCACGAGAGUGCACCGAGGCCCUUGACUGGCCCUGCAGAGCCUGUAGUGACCAUUAACAAGCUUCAGGCGGUAUUCUCAGGCAGCGAUGAUCCAUUUGUGAGUGCUCUGAGUAUGAGUGAGGUGGACAGACGAUAUGACGCCUGGCUUCCCUCUGAGGAGACCAGACGAAUGCUGAUCUCUGUGGUCACGCAGCAGGUCAACCCAGUGCAUGUAGACAGGGACAGGCUAUCCAUGCCCGGACUCAAGUUUGACAAUUUGCAGGGUGAUGCAGUGAAGGACCUGAUGCUGCGUUUCCUUGGAGACCAGGCAGCGACGAAGAGGCAAGUUCUCACAGCUAACUCGGUGGAGCAGAACUUCUUGGGUCUCAAGCAACUGAUCGGCACAAAGAACUGGAGGGCAGCUGUGGACCUGACUGGCAGACUGCUGACGGCUCACGGCCAAGGCUACGGCAAGAGCGGCCAACCGAGUACCCAUACCACUGACACGUUGCAGUUAUGGUUUGUGCGUCUGGCUCUUUUGGUGAAGCUCAGCCUCUUCCAAAAUGCGGAGAUGGAGUUUGAGCCGUUUGGUUACCUGGACCAGCCGGACCUUUACUACGAGUAUUACCCUACAGUGUACCCUGGAAGACGAGGUUCGAUGGUACCGUUCUCCAUGCGUGUGCUGCAUGCUGAACUGCCUCAGUACAUAAACAAGCCCCAGGAGUCGCUGGACCGCCUGCACAGCAUGAGAAGCAUCUGUCAGAAAAUCCUGGCUAACCUGGAGGAAGGACUGGCUGAGGACGGGAGCAUGAUUACUCUCACACAGGAAAACAGACAAGCCUCUAUUCAGCUGUGGAGGUCACGUCUGUGCCGGGUGAUGUACUCCAUGGCAAACUGUCUGCUAAUGAUGAAGGACUAUGUGCUGGCUGUUGAGACAUAUCACUCCAUCAUCCAGUAUGAGCCACAGCAGAGUGUGCAGCUGCUGAGUGGAAUAGGACGCAUCUUCCUACAGAUUGGAGACAUCAAAACUGCAGAGAAGUAUUUCCAGGAAGUAGAGCAAGCCGGACAGGAAAAGGGAAACGGACCGACUCAUGACAGCGCUAUUUUUAUGAACAGGGCAUUUGUGUACCUGAGCCAGAAUAAUUAUGCAGACGCCCACGAGUGUUUCUCCAGCGUCUUGAAAAUUGAUCCCAACAAUCCUGUGGCGAACAACAACGCAGCAGUGUGCUUACUUUAUUUGGGUCGCCUAAAGGAAUCCCUGGGUCAGCUGGAGAGUCUGGUGCAGCAGGACCCUGCACUCUACCUGCAUGAAAGCGUGCUCUUUAACCUGACUACCAUGUACGAGCUGGAAUCAUCACGCAGCACACAGAAGAAACAGGCUCUGCUGGAGGCGGUGGCCGGACGCGAGGGCGACAGCUUUAACACGCAGUGCCUCAAACUGGUGUAACCACCCAAGAGUGCAUUAGAUCACUGUGUCACUGCUACAUGAUGUGACAUGAGCUCAUUUAAUAAGCUCGGGCUUAAAAUGCCACAGGUCUAUUAUCCUUGAAGGUUUUUUGUUUUGUUUUGUUUUGUUUUUUUAAAGACUAAGAUAUUAUGUUUGACCAAAAUCGAAGCUGCCCUGAAAUGACCUGAGUAUUUACACUAAGGUAUGUGGCGCAGUUGAAACUCUUAAAUCGAUGUUUCAGUGCUAUCAGGUUGCAGGAGAAUGUAAAUAGAGAGAAUAUUAAAUCGAUUAAAAAGAAAACAUUAAUGUAAAUAUUCAGCAUAUUUAAAGCAGAUGGAAUGGCAGCCUGAGUGGUACACAGCAUUACAACAAUUACUGUCUGGACCCAGUUUUCUAAAAACAAAUAAAUUAAAACACAAAGUCAGGGUUGGACGACUCAGUAGCUCGGCCACCUGAACCGAACAGAUUUUUACUCGUAGAAGACAUUAUCGACCGCCAGAAAAUCAGACUUUAAAAAAAAAACUCGUUCCAAAUCCUACCUCCUGCCACAAUAUAUACAUCGACCGAGAAAUAUGAUACGAAUGGGUAAAAUGCUCAUAUUAUAGAAAUAUUGACGACACCCUGCAAAACGAAUUCAUCGAGCUUUUAGACGCGUGCUAGGAUGGCAAGCAGUAAUUUUCAGGUUAAACAUAUUGGGAGAAAUUAAAGACACUAGCUAAACACCAACAAUAUCUUUUAUUAACACCACACCGCUAACUGGUGGGGGUUUAUGUCCCUAAAUACUCCUGGCCAAUUCCUACCCAUCAGCCAGCUCUCCCUAGUUAUACGACUGCUACCAAGGGUAAAAGCCAGCCAUCUGCCUCUUCUUAACUGCUGUACAUGCUGCAGUAUGGGCAGCGUAACACUCUCCUAUGUUUCCACACAAAUGAGCUCACAGGUGCCUGUGAUUGGUUUGUCACUGUGAUUGACAGGAGAGACAGGAUCCUUGGCUCCUGGGACAUUGACUACAUUAUUGUGAGCCAUAACAUCAGGUGAUGAGAUAAAGAGGAUAAGAAGGCUGUCUCUUCCCUGGGACACGUCAUUACUGUACAAUAGCUGCCACGUUUAAACUAGUCAGUUAGGAUUCAGGGCAAACAAACCAUGGGACAGAGACAGUAUAAAUUUUACUGUAUUUAUUUAGUUCAUAUUAAGAUGAUGUUUGCACUGUAAUUCUUCUGUGAAACUUCCAGGAAAGCCUUUUUUUGAAUUUGCUCGCAGUCUUAACAUAGAAUAUAUAAAAGUGUGUGUGUAUUGUUUGUACUGCGUGUCACACGACUGCACCGUACUGUACAUUUCUUACACAAAUCUAAAUAAAGCCUAGCUGAUUUGGAAGCACUCUA